AUGUCGCAAACCUUUGGAUCUACCCGACUAGCCUACUCCCGUGUCUGGCAUCACAUCUCCGCCGUCACCCCUCACCCGACGCUCUCGACCAUCAAGGCGCCCGCCGAUGACAUUACCCCUCCCUCUCUGGGCCGUCUGGCCUCGCGCAUCGCCACAAUUCUGAUGGGCAAGCACAAGCCGAUUUGGGACCCCUCGACCGACUGCGGCGACUACGUGGUGGUGACCAACUGCGCGGGCCUGUACACGACGGGCCACAAGAAGUGGCGCAAGACGUACUACCGCCACAACACGCGGCCCGGCUCGCUGCAGGCCAUCACUAUGGACGCGCUGAUGGAGAAGCACGGCGGCGCCGAGGUGCUGCGCAAGGCCGUCAGCGGCAUGCUGCCCAAGAACAGGCUGCGCGACAAGCGGCUGGCGAGGCUCAAGGCGUUUGAGGGCGACGCGCACCCGUACAAGGAGAACUUGGUGCGGUUCGGCGGCAAGGUCGUGGGCGCUGAAGGGUGGGAGGAGGCUGUCAAGGCUAUCAGGGAGGCGGAUAUGCAGAGGAUAUGA